GGGACGUAUGUGUCAUGGCGAGCUCCAUCUGAAGUGUUUCCCGUAGCCGCAGAACAGCGUGUGCUUCUCUCUGUUUGGGCUGGUAAAUUGUUUCCUGAUCUCUGGCUCAGGGUGGCGGAGAAGAUGCCUUCUGCGUCCUGCGACAUACUACUGGAUGACAUAGAAGAUAUCGUGUCACAGGGAGAUUUAAAGCCACAAGAUAGGCAUUCUGCACGAAAGCACGUUGUUCCAAAGGCACGAAAGCGAAACACCCAAAAAUAUUUGCAAGAGGAAAACAGUCCACCAAGUGAUAGCACCAUUCCAGGCAUACAGAAAAUUUGGUUGCGAACAUGGGGUUGUUCUCAUAAUAAUUCAGAUGGAGAAUAUAUGGCUGGACAACUAGCUGCUUAUGGAUAUGAAAUUACAGAAAAUGCAUCAGACGCAGAUUUAUGGCUCCUGAAUAGUUGUACUGUAAAAAACCCAGCUGAAGACCACUUUAGAAACUCAAUUAAAAAAGCUCAAGAGGAGAACAAGAAGAUAGUGCUAGCUGGAUGUGUUCCUCAAGCCCAGCCUCGGCAGGACUACCUUAAAGGACUGAGCAUCAUAGGGGUUCAACAGAUAGAUCGAGUGGUAGAAGUUGUGGAGGAAACGAUUAAAGGUCACUCUGUGAGACUGCUGGGUCAGAAAAAGGACAAUGGAAAGCGCCUGGGGGGGGCACGAUUGGAUUUGCCAAAGAUCAGGAAGAAUCCGCUGAUAGAAAUCAUUUCCAUCAAUACCGGGUGCCUCAAUGCUUGUACUUACUGCAAAACUAAACACGCCAGAGGAAAUUUGGCCAGUUACCCAAUAGAAGAACUAGUAGAAAGAGCCAAACAGUCUUUUCAAGAGGGCGUUUGUGAGAUAUGGUUGACCAGUGAAGACACGGGGGCUUACGGCAGAGACAUUGGCACCAAUCUCCCCGCACUGCUGUGGAAACUGGUUGAAGUGAUCCCUGAGGGAGCGAUGCUGAGGCUUGGCAUGACAAAUCCACCCUAUAUUUUAGAGCAUCUGGAGGAAAUGGCAAAAAUCCUUAAUCAUCCCCGAGUCUAUGCUUUCUUGCACAUCCCGGUCCAGUCUGCCUCUGACACUGUACUCAUGGAAAUGAAGAGAGAAUACGGCGUGGCUGACUUCAAAAGAGUCGUGGAUUUCCUGAAAGAGAAAGUUCCUGGAAUAACUCUGGCCACAGAUAUUAUCUGUGGUUUUCCUGGAGAAACAGAUCAAGAUUUUCAAGAAACAGUGAAGCUUGUGGAAGAGUACAAAUUUCCAAGCCUCUUUAUUAACCAGUUUUACCCAAGACCAGGAACUCCUGCUGCGAAAAUGGCGCAAGUUCCAGCCCAAGUGAAAAAACAAAGAACGAAAGACCUUUCCCGGGUGUUCCAUUCUUACAGUCCGUACGAUCACAAGAUUGGUGAAAGACAACAAGUGUUAGUGACCGAAGAGUCUUUUGAUUCCAAGUUUUACGUUGCCCACAAUCGAUUCUACGAGCAGGUCUUAGUGCCAAAGAACCCCACAUUCAUGGGGAAAAUGAUCGAAGUGGACAUUUACGAAUCAGGCAAACACUUCAUGAAAGGGCAGCCAGUAUCAGACGCCAAAGUAUACACGCCAUCCAUCAGCAAACCAUUAGCAAAGGGAGAAGUCUCAGGUUUAACAGAGGACUUCAGAAAAAGGCUUGGGACUCACCUGAGCUCAGUGCCCCACACUUCCACGGUUCGGCGGGACCCUGUGAGUUCCAGAAUGGCGCUCCACUUGCAAAAGCUCCGUGGACACUCUGCACUGGGGGUGUCUGUAGGCCUGGCUCUGUUUGCCCUCCUUCUGGCUCUUUUGGUCAAAGUCUAUAAUUAAAGCACAACUAAUGGAACCAUUUGUGAGGAAGACUACAUUUCUAAUUAAAAUCUGUACCGAACAGAAAAGCAACCACAUCAGUCCUCCAGGAGCCGGAAUUUACACUGGUCUCUGCCCCCGAGUCAGCCGUACUUUUUAUGAGGCUUACCCUGUCUCCCAUCACGUUGGGCCAUCCGUUAUUUGACAUGACACCUACUAACUAUUGCCGUGGCAUAUCUUUCACAUUAAGCUCCUUUCAGUUUAUCUGCAGCAGGAAAUGGUUGCAUUUUUCUUCAAGCCUCCAGUCUUCAAGUCAGAGCUUAAUUGGACAGUGGAUCCGGUCAUCUUUUCCUGACGUGGGAAGAAUUUUGAGUCUUCAAUAAACAUUUAAAAAUGUAUCUUUCUCUGGAUGCUUUGUGUGGAGUCCCAAUGCUACAAACAGCUUAUUUUCCACAGUAGAUGUGGUCCUGGAAAGUUUAUAGGGAAACCUGUGUUUGGAACAAGACUUCUCUCCGAAUGCACAGGGAGAGUCACCAAGUAAAGGACUCUCGGUGACAUUUUGAGAAGUGUGGGGAGUUACCUGCUUCUCUGGCAGCCACGAACUUCCAAAAACUGGAUUUGUCUCACACCAGCUGUGCCCCUUCUCUGAUGGUUCUGAUCGAUGACAUCAAAUGAUUCUCUCUACCUGAUAUCACUGGCAUUUACUAAAUACAAUGAUUUAUUUCACAAUAAAAGGAUUCGAUGUACUAAGUGAUCCUAUGAACACCAGAAUUUAAAUGUUAUCUGGAUCGUAUUGGCCCAGGGGAAUCAGGUGCCCUCUGGUUACCGUAGGACAUUUCAUCUUUAAACCCACACCCCCGUUCAGCUCCUCCUUUUAGGUGUCUUUUAAGGAAUCCAAAUUAUAAUUUAUGUCAUUGGUUGGUGAGCUAACAAAACAAACAAGCAAAACAAAGCUAGUGUUAGUACAUGUGUGCUUCUAAGAGGAAUUCACAUUUCCAAUGCAGAUGACCUACCCGGGCCCAUCCCAGAGCCCCCCAGGGGGACGUGCAUUUGGGAUGCUUAUGAGUCACACUGUGUGGGACAUAAGAAGAGCUUUGUGCCCCUAACUGACCAGAGAUGAAAAGGGUGUUCGUCCUCCCCAUCUCACCCUUCCCCAGUCUCCCUCUUACCUCUCCCCUAUUUCAUCCCCUCCUGCCCUUUAAGUUGUUCUUGCCUCCACUCUGCUCUCCUGAGCCGUCCUUCCUAUGAACAAUGAGCACACCCAGCCAUCCAAAAGCCCCACUGCCCAUCCCCCACUGUGGUGGGGGUUCUCAAGGAUCGUUUCAGCCAUACAGGGUCACCCCUGCCACCUCUCCUGUUUCUGACCCCAAGUUGGGCUGCAGCUUCAUUUUGCUCAGAGGUUCAGAAAAUACAAAAGUCCCAUAACAGGAACCAGGUCAUGUGCAACAUUUGCCGUCCUGGUGAGAGUUGGCUAGAUGGGGGCUAGGGUCUACACGUCCAGCUUGCCUUUUCCCAUGACCUCCUGCAGGAGGGAGAGAAGGGGGAAGGGUGUGUUUGUUGCUGACAGUGCAGUUCUCUUGUGGACAGGAUGAGCCUGGGAGCCCUCUGAGCAAGUGUGGUCAUCAGGAAGGCCGUCCCCUUUCUACCUCCUCUCCUUCCUGCCCAUGGUGCUCCUGCAUGUCUCCUAUCCCCUUGGAGUUGGGCCUGGCCUCGUGACCUGUGUCGGCCAGUGCAAGGGGAGUGGAAGGGUCAGAUCUUCGAGGUCAGAUCCUCGAUCAACAUCUGUUGAAAGAGCCAGGGUACAGUCGCCAUAUGCUCUUCCCGCCACAUCAGGACGAAGCUGUCCUCGGCCUGAGUCCUCCGAGGGAGUGCGAGGAGCAGAGCCCCACACCAGCACGUGCUGGAAGUGGAUAAAACAAGAAAGGAACUUCUUUUGUGUGAAGCUGCUGUCGGCCUAGAAUGACGUAGACCAUCCUGAUGCGUACGGAGUCAGCCAUGACAGGAUGGUUGACUGGCCAUUUGUGAAUGCAACGCUGAUGUGCCUCAGAUUUUCCCUUAGUGCCCAAAUCUUUUUUUCCUUUUUUUUUUUUUUUAAAUAGUGACUCUUCCUGCUGAAAAGGAAGCUAUGAAGAGACCUGUCUUGGUUCAUUCCAGCUGCUAUAACAACACCAUCGACCGGGUGACUUAUAACCCACAGAAAUGUAUUUCUCAUAAUUCUGGAGACGAGACAGGCCAAGGUCAAGGCGCCGGCGAUUUAGUAUCUUGUGAGGACUCACCUCCUGUUCCAGAGAUGGCCGAAUGCUUAUGCACCUCACGUGGCAGAAGGACGGUGUCCGUGUCUCGCGAGGGCACUGAUUGCAUUGCUGAGGGUCCCACCCUCCUGACCUAGUCACCUCUCAAAGUCCCCACCUCGUA